AUGUCGGAAGAGCCCAAGCCCCUCCCCUUUGUCUACCAGUUCAUCGCUGGUGCCGUUGCUGGUGUCUCCGAGAUUCUUGUCAUGUACCCAUUGGAUGUCGUAAAGACACGAAUCCAGCUUCAGAGCUCGACCGCUACCGGUGAAGAGGCCUACAACAGCAUGGUCGACUGCUUCCGCAAGAUUGUUCGCAACGAAGGUUUCUCGAGGCUGUACAGAGGUAUCGAGGCUCCCAUCCUCAUGGAAGCCCCCAAGAGGUUGUUCGCUGCAAACGACGAGUGGGGCAAGUUCUACCGCAAUCUCUUCGGCGUACCCAAGAUGACCCAAGGUCUCUCCGUACUGACCGGCGCUACCGCUGGUGCCACCGAGGCUUUCGUCGUCGUCCCUUUCGAGUUGGUCAAGAUCCACUGCGUGCGCAAGGUCGUUCAGCAGGAAGGUGUUCUCACCCUGUACCAAGGUCUGGAGAGCACCAUGUGGAGACACAUACUGUGGAACGCUGGUUACUUUGGCUGCAUUUUCCAGGUUCGCGAACUUCUUCCCAAGGCCGACAACAAGAAGUCUCAGAUCUUGAAUGACCUGACUUCGGGUGCUGUUGGUGGUACAGUCGGUACAAUCCUAAACACACCCAUGGAUGUCGUCAAGAGCAGAAUCCAAAACUCCCCGAGAGUCCCUGGAGGUGUGCCCAAGUACAACUGGGCCUGGCCUGCUCUCGGUACGGUGUACAAGGAGGAAGGAUUCAGCGCUUUGUACAAGGGCUUCUUGCCCAAGGUCUUGAGACUGGGUCCUGGAGGUGGUAUUCUGCUUGUCGUCUUCACCGGUGUGAUGGACUUUUUCAGAAAGAUGAAGGCAGAGGUCUAG